AUGAACGCCGAGACCUGCGUUUCAUACAGCGAUAUGACAUCCAUGGAUUCAUAUUAUAGCCCCUCUGCAGCGCAAGGUAGGGAUCACCAGACGGACCACUUUAGGACAUUCCCAGCCACUGACACCAAAUACAGCCCCACUGCCUUCCUGCCCAACAAAGGUCAGGCUUACGGAGAAAAGUCCCGAAGCCCCUUCCAGCAGCAGGAGUGCCAGUCAUUGGAUGCCGCCGCAGCUGGGCAAGGCACUUUCAGCAAAUACCACCUCUUCAUGCAGAGGUCUUCUUGCAAAACACCUCCCGAGGAAGGCAAACUGCACCAGGAGAGCGGGCACAACGGAGCGCUCAUCCCCUGCUAUGGUAAAGACAGUUCAGGCCUGACAGACUCUGACUUGGCCCCGGACUCUGAUCCACCUGGAAUGGACACCAGCUACCUGUCUGUGAAGGAUCAGGGCAUGAAGGUGGCUUCUGAUAGGCCACCAGGCACAGAAUUGUCGAGCCCGCUGGACAAGGGUGAUGGCGGAGAAAGCAACAAGGGCAAGAAAAGACGCAACCGCACGACCUUUACAAGCUACCAACUGGAAGAGCUGGAGAAGGUUUUCCAGAAGACACACUAUCCUGAUGUUUACGCCCGGGAGCAGCUGGCACUGAGGACUGACCUGACUGAAGCCCGUGUGCAGGUGUGGUUUCAGAACCGAAGGGCAAAAUGGAGGAAAAGAGAGCGUUUUGGUCAGAUGCAACAGGUCCGAACACACUUCUCAACAGCUUACGAACUGCCUCUCCUGACGCGUCCUGAGAACUACGCACAGAUCCAGAACCCCUCUUGGAUCGGUGGCAGCAGCGCAGCAUCUCCCGUGCCGGGUUGCGUCGUGCCCUGUGACACUGUGACCCCUUGUAUGACACCUCACCCCCACUCAGCCAGCGGGAUGUCUGAUUUUCUGGGUGUCCCGAGCCCUGGAGCUCAUGUGGGACAGGCUCACAUGGGCAGCCUGUUUGGAGGGCCUCCUGGCAUGGCGACAGGCAUCAACACGUACGAUCUGAACAUGGACCCUGACCGCAAGUCCUCCAGUAUCGCUGCUUUGCGCAUGAAAGCCAAAGAGCACAGUGCGGCCAUUUCUUGGGCAACAUGA